CGGAAAGCUACACGAAUUCGUUUUGUCCUUCCCUGGAAUGAGCAAAUGUGUGCAGGUACAUAGGUAUACCUGAAUAGCCAUAUUGUCGCACCUUUUUCGUAGCCAUAUUUUUCACAGUCACGUUGACACUCUUUGUUUUCACAUUAAUUCGACGCGUUGCGCUUUAUUAUUGUCCCUUUGUUUCGUUUCAUUCCUGCUGUGGAAGGUGCCUUUCAACUCGUUCGUUGGUGCAAGUGCCUUGUGCAUGUGUUGUUUGUGUGCGUGCGUGGGUGAGGCCUCGAUUGAUCGAUUGGGCAAUUCUGCGUGGCUGGGACGUCGGCUCCCGUCUGGAGCGAGCUAGGGGGGAUGUUGCGAGCAGAGGGGGUAAGUGAAGUGAAAGUGAGGCAGAAGCGGUAGGGCAGUGGGCAGUGGGCAGUACAUCAGUUAUCUCGCAAUUAUUUCGCCGCUGUAGAAGCAGGCCAAUCGACCUCACCCCGCAGUUCCCCCCCGAGCGAAGCGCAAAUGAAGAACAAGGACAAUUUACACAGAAAAUGCAAAGACCGAGCUGAGGCCAAAUUGGAAGAGUUUAAAAAAGAAGCUUACAGUAUGAUUGAGUACAAAGACAAAAUUAUAAAAAUGUUGUGUGCAAUUCUGGAGGUGCAAGGGAUAACAACCCUAAAUAUAAAGAAGUUCAUAUCUGGCCCGAAUUAUCCCAAGGAGAAAACCCGCUGCGGAAACGGCGAGCAUGAGUUAAAAUCUCAUAAAAGGAUGACAUCCCCAAGAAAGAGAAGAUUAAUAAAAAUCCCUCACCUUCGGAGCGCUAAGAAGAAGAAAGAGCUGAACUUAUUUUCUUCACCAAAUAAUGUAAAUGAAGGAGAAUACGAGGAUAAAUGCUCAGAUUCUUCGUUAAGUUCCGAGAGGGAAUCCCUAAACGAGACGCACUCGGACAAUCCCACGAUGGAAAAUAUGACAAUGAGGGAUUUAUCAGGGAAUAAAACUGAUGUACACGAGGACAUCAUCCCCAGCGACAGUGAAAAGGAAUCCGGUGGCAAACACAGCACAGGGCGCAAGAAGGCACAGGAGUCAUUCCGAAAAAAUGAGACAAAUUUGGAGUCCACGUGUAAAUCGAAUUUUCAAAAGGACGUCCAGGGAUCCAAGUCAAAAAUGGCGGCAAAAAUGAACGAAACAAUUGGAGGCGAGUGUCCACUGUGCCUAAUGCCCCAAACGGAAUCGCUCCACGGGAACUUGCCGCCCACCAUUUACAAGCUGAGUUGUGAGCACGUUUUUCAUCUGAUGUGUAUCUACGAAACGGUGAUACGACGGGAAUGCAGGAAGACGUGCUGCAUUUGUCACAGCGAAAUCGGCGAGGAAGAUAAAAACGAAAUCAUCACUAAGGCGAAGCGCGAAAAAAAGGAAAAUGAAAAAAAAAGUAAACUCAUGUUAAAGGUUAUGAAGUUGCAGGCAGAUAACCAGGCGCAGGCUGAGAAGUGA